CACCUCUCCCCACACAUGGUAAAGGCACCCAAAGAUGGGCAGAGUGUGAAUAGUUUGCAGCUGUUGUGUUAGAAGCUGCUGUAUCUUCAAGCAGGCAUGUGUGGCAGGAGUUUUUGGUUCCUUAUUCCUGAAGUAGAAGGAAGCUGCUACUUUGUUAAGUGUGGGAACUUUGCUGUUUUGGUGGAUGUUCAUAUUUUGCCUCAAGGCUCCAGUAAAGACACCAGCUGGUUUUCAGAUCAUGAGAAAGAGGAGGUCUGCAUGCUGCUAGAAGAAGUUGUUGCUUCAAGGGUCAAACAUUACUUGGAAGCGCCUAAACAACAUGGUCAAUGGAAAUCAAUGGAACGUGCACCAUCUGGUCCUUUGUUUCUUACCGCCAACAGUUUUCACAUUACUGCCUACUUUAUGAAGAGAUGGGUUAAUCUCCGUUGUGCUGUCGGGAAACGUUAUCGUGAGCUACGUGUGUUUCCAGACAGAUUUAUAGUUUGUGUCAGUAAACUUGAAUCUAAUCCAAGUGCUUGGACGUGUGAAAAUGGUGUAUUGAAGGAAGAACUUUCCAGUGGGACGUCUGAAUAUUUUACUGAAUCUGCGGAGAACAAGAAGCUUAAGAUAAGUCUGAACGAACAGAUAAAGCAAGACAUCUUGAAAGAAAUUGUGAAAAGGACAAAACCAAGGAAGAGUAGCACAAGCAAACCUCAGAUCAGCAAGGACUCCGAGAAGGUGUAUCUUGGCUCAGUGGACUCACAGACAGGGAACAGAAAGAACGACCGUCAAACUUCUCUCAGUCCUCAAUCUGAAGUGAAAUGUCGGAGUGCAGGACUGCUGAAAGACUGCAUAACUACAGCCGAGAGCAGCUUGGAGCUUCCUGUUUUAGAGCUGGAAAAUUAUGUUAAUCAGAGACAGCCAGAUGAUGUUAGCAGCCAGCAAAAACCUCACUCCGUGGAGUGGUUGAAGGCGAGUCUUCUAAGCGAGAACCUUCCUUGUAGCUCUGAGUCAGCACUGCUAGGUCCAGAACAAAGUCAAAAAGCGACCAAAACACAGGCUCAACAGAAGAGCUGUGGUUCAGAAGAAAAGUUAGAGCAUUUAAAAAAAGUAUCCUCUGAAGGGGCUCCUUUAAUUCCUAGCAAUACAGAAAUGAGUAAGUGUGAUGAUGAUUGUUUAGGUCCGUUCCCGGAGGAGAAGACCCCACUUAAUUCCCGGUUGUUUUCUAAACAAGACUUGACAAAGACUGCGUCUGGUGAGGAGUCGCUAACUUUGGGAAAAAACCUCUCCCGGCCUCUUUCCGCGAGGAACAAUAUAGUGCAGACAAACAAAAAUGAGCCAAGCACAACCGCUGAAGAAUUGCCUGUGAUGCCGUCAUCUUGUUUAGAACUGCAGCCUGUGUCUUCAGAGAAGCUUACCCAAAAAAGAAAGAAAGAGGUUGCAAAUGGUCUCGGGAAGUUAAAACUGCGAAGGCUUAAGAAGUCAAAGUCUGAAAUAUUACCUUGAUGGCAGGGGUGGACGGCCAAAUUUGUGUUCGGAAUGCAUAUGCAAAAAGUAGGAAGCGAUUCAAAAGAAUGAAAAAUAAUAAAAAUACAAAGUCAAAAUUAGAUAAAACUUUUAAAGAAAACUUAGUUAAUGAAGUAUUUUAGUCCUUUGGAACUGUAAUGAAGAUAAUUCUGUUAAGUCUUCAGGAAUUAAACAUAAAUAUUUUACAAACCAGCGUAGUAUUUAUAGAAAGAAAAAUCUCUUGUAAAAUAAUAUUUACUAAGCAAAAUUUUAGAUCUGUGUAUGUUUUGGGACUGUUAAAAAGUCAUAUCAGCUGCUGGCGGCAACAGUUAAACCCACUUUUGUGAUCUGUUAGCCGCCGCAGUUAUUCAGUGUUGUGCUUGUUUCUGAACACAUAGUUUAUUUUAGUAAAAAUUAAUCCUUUCUCUGUGUUAGGAAGUUCAUGGUUUAUUCACAUGAUCUUUACAACAGUAAGGCGAAUUGAGGUUAUUUCAGAUAAAGCUUUAACCAGGAUUUAAUGUAGCUGAUAAUAAAUUAAGGCCCACCUUGUCAGUGGGGUUUCAAAAUAGCCAUAGUUUGUGCUUGUGCAGUUUUGAUAUGAACGCGUAUUUCUAACCUGAAUUGUGGAUACAAUCAAUCAUGCAUUCAGUCUUUGGAAAAAUGAAGAUUGGUUUUAUGUAUGCGGUCACCUGGAUGUGCAAACGUGGCUAUUGGGAAAUGUUCAUACAGAAACAUGCAUACGCAUCUUCGUGCAUUCACGUUUCAAAAUCAGGCCUUGUUUGUGUGCAAGGACUGUUUUUCUUGUGUUAGCGAUACCCAAGUUAUUUCUUCAUUUAAGGUAGAGGUAAUUUUUAAUUGCAUGGUGCUUUUUAAUACUGCUUUUGUAACUUGUAUGCUAAUGCGCUAAGGAAAUGUAACUUUUUAGUUCAUGCUUAUCUUUUUAAAAUGUUUAAAAUAAAAUUAU